GCGAUGAGCAUAUUUGACAAAAACAUUUUGCCCUACGAAAAGUUGGAGUCAAACUUAAAAAUUGUGAAAGAUAAAAUCGGAAAACCGUUGUCUUUGACCGAAAAAAUUCUCUAUUCACACUUGGAUGACCCGGCCAAACAACACAUUGAACGUGGUGUAUCCUAUUUAAAACUAAGACCUGACCGUGUGGCAAUGCAAGACGCGACUGCUCAAAUGGCUAUGCUGCAGUUUAUGUCAUCUGGCUUGAAGAGAGUGGCUGUACCAACGACCAUUCAUUGUGACCAUUUAAUUGAAGCUCAAAUUGGCGGAGUAGAAGACUUAAAGAGAGCUAAUAAAGACAACGAAGAAGUAUUCAAUUAUUUGAAAACAGCUAGCGCCAAGUACGGAGUUGGUUUUUGGCGUCCUGGUUCAGGGAUCAUUCAUCAAAUUAUUCUAGAAAACUAUGCUUUUCCUGGAUUGUUAAUGAUCGGGACUGACUCGCAUACACCUAAUGGUGGCGGACUUGGAGGUUUGUGUAUUGGAGUUGGUGGUGCGGACGCCGUAGACGUGAUGGCUAAUUUUCCGUGGGAAUUGAAGUGUCCAAAAAUUAUUGGAGUCCAUCUGACUGGAAAAAUGAAAGGUUGGACUACACCAAAGGAUGUCAUUCUUAAAGUGGCAGAUAUUUUAACAGUCAAAGGAGGUACAGGUGCUGUAAUUGAAUAUCAUGGACCAGGAGUGGAUAAUAUAUCAUGCACAGGCAUGGGCACCAUCUGUAAUAUGGGUGCAGAAAUUGGAGCCACCACUAGUUUGUUCCCAUUCAAUCACCGAAUGGCAGAUUAUUUAAAAGCUACCUCACGUGGUUAUAUUUCCGAAGAAGCUGCGAAGCACAGUAAAUCAUUGUUAACUCCUGACAAAGGCAGUAAUUAUGACCAGUUAAUUGAACUUGAUUUAACAUCGUUGGAACCUCAUGUCAAUGGACCCUUCACGCCUGAUCUCGCUCAUCCCAUUUCAAAACUUGGAGAAAAUGCCAAAAAAAACGAUUGGCCGGUUGAAAUUAAAGUUGGUCUGAUUGGAAGUUGUACAAACUCAAGUUAUGAAGAUAUGGCGAGGUGUGCUACAAUUGCAAAAGAAGCAAUAGCUCAUGGACGUAAAUCAAAAAUUCCAUUUAACGUCACUCCUGGAUCUGAACAAAUCAGAGCAACAAUUGAAAGAGAUGGAAUAGCGCAAACACUGAGAGAUUUUGGUGGUACUGUAUUAGCUAAUGCAUGUGGUCCAUGUAUUGGUCAAUGGGACCGUAAAGAUGUAAAAAAGGGUGAAAAGAAUACCAUUGUGAGCUCUUACAAUAGAAACUUUACUGGGCGAAACGAUGCUAAUCCAGCGACUCAUGCUUUUGUCACGUCUCCAGAGAUGGUAACUGCCUUAGCCAUUGAAGCUCGUUUAGACUUUGAUCCAACAACCGAAACAAUCAAGGGUGCUGAUGGUAAAGAAUUUAAAUUGAGCAAUCCAUUUGGCGACGAACUUCCUCAAAAGGGAUUUGAUGCUGGUCAAGAUACAUACCAAGCUCCGCCUGCUGAUGGAUCAUCUGUAAGUGUGGAUAUAAAUCCAAAAUCCAAUCGUCUUCAACUAUUGGAACCUUUCGAAGCUUGGGACGGCAAUGAUUUUGAAGGCCUUGUUAUACUUAUUAAAGUAAAAGGAAAAUGUACAACUGAUCACAUUUCUGCUGCUGGUCCAUGGUUGAAAUAUCGUGGGCAUUUGGAUAAUAUUUCAAAUAACAUGUUUUUAACUGCAACUAAUUCAGAAAAUAAUGAAAUGAAUAAGGUAAAAAACCAGGAAACAGGAGAAUGGGAUGCAGUACCGAACACGGCUAGAGCGUACAAGGCCAAUUGUUUACCGUGGGUUGUGUUUGGUGAUGAAAACUAUGGCGAGGGAAGUAGCAGAGAUCAUGCCGCUUUAGAACCACGACAUUUGGGAGGACGUGCAAUUAUUGUCAAAUCUUUUGCCAGGAUACAUGAAACAAAUUUGAAAAAGCAAGGAUUAUUAGCCUUGACCUUUGCUGACGCUAAGGAUUAUGAUAAAGUUCAACCAAGUGAUAGAGUUUCUAUAGUCGAACUUGACCAGUUCGCUCCUGGCAAGCCUUUAAAAUGCAUAUUAUGUCACACUGAUGGAAGUAGUGACGAAAUAUUACUAAAUCAUACAUUCAACGAACAACAAAUUGAAUGGUUUAAGGCCGGUAGUUCAUUGAACAGAAUGAAGCAAUUGGCUAAUUAA